AUGGAUUCCCAUCGGGCAUCAUUCAGCGACAUGAGAAAUGAGCUGAAUGCGCAUAUAUCGGAACACUUGGAUACCCAUAAUCAACCCUCUCACGACUCCAUCACCUCAUUCACCACCACACCAUCCAGAUCUCUCAGUACCAAGAAAGCCGGUACUCCCUUACCCGCCAACCUACUGCCUUCAGCGCCCGCAUCACCUCCGACACCUGCGCCCAGUCCAACGCCUCACCAAAGACCUCCGAAUUGGCAUAUUACCGACGAUGAAGAGAAUAGCUUCCUGUUGAACCUUCGCCUUCACUUCAGUACACUAUCAAACGCCCGAAAACAGAGACUCCUGGAGGGUCUUUUGGAUGUAUGCGACAGCCAGCAGUUGAGCUUUGUCUCGAGUUACGUUGGUCCUCGAUUGAGGAAAGAUCCAUUUCAGGUUUUUCCUAAUGAAUUAUGUUUAAGGGUUCUCUCCUUUAUCGACGACCCCAAAACCCUCGCCAGGGCCUCGCAGGUAUCAAGACGUUGGCGAGAACUAUUAAACGAUGACAUCACAUGGAAGAAUCUAUGCGAGAAACACGCAUACUCGGUGCGUCGGGUCCUAGAAGACGAGGGGGAUCUCGUUGACCCCUUCACCGCCCAUCCCGUGGACUCGGCCUUCGGCGCACGCACCUUCAGCGGUCUGCAGCGGCGCUUGACCGCGUCAAAUGGGCAGUCUACGGAGAGUGCACCAGAGCUACCCCGCACUCUCUCUGGAGAAUGGUUGCCUCCCACUAGUUUUCCCUCCCGAAGACGCCGAGCUCGACCCGUCUCUUACCGCUCACAGUUCAAGCAGAAAUUCAUGGUUGAGUCGGCGUGGAAUAAAGGCGGUCGCUGCACCCAGCGCCACAUCACCCCUGAUCAGGGUGUGGUAACAAGUCUUCACCUCACUCCGAAGUACAUCGUGGUGGCCUUGGAUAACGCGAAGAUUCAUGUAUAUGAUACCAACGGGGACAACCAAAAGACCCUGCUGGGACAUGUAAUGGGAGUAUGGGCGAUGGUCCCAUGGGAUGACGUUUUAGUCAGCGGAGGCUGCGAUCGCGAAGUUCGAGUAUGGAAUAUGGCUACUGGCACCGGGAUCCAUCUUCUUCGAGGCCACACAUCAACGGUCCGUUGUCUAAAGAUGUCCGAUCGCAACACUGCCAUCUCAGGAUCUCGAGACGCAACCCUCCGCAUCUGGGAUCUUGCCUCUGGAACCUGUCGCAACGUUCUCGUCGGACACCAAGCCAGCGUCCGGUGUCUUGCUAUCCACGGCGAUCUUGUCGUUUCAGGUAGUUACGACACCACAGCGCGGAUAUGGAGUAUCUCCCAAGGACGCUGUCUGCGCACGCUCUCCGGCCACUUUAGCCAGAUCUACGCCAUUGCCUUUGAUGGCCGACGGAUCGCGACAGGCAGCUUGGAUACCAGCGUUCGGAUCUGGGAUCCGCACUCUGGUCAAUGCCAUGCCAUUCUUCAAGGCCAUACGUCCCUGGUUGGACAAUUACAGAUGCGGGAUGAUACGCUGGUAACGGGUGGCUCGGAUGGCUCCGUCCGAGUCUGGUCGUUGACCAAGAUGGCUCCCAUUCAUCGUCUCGCGGCCCAUGAUAACAGCGUCACUAGUCUUCAAUUCGACAAGACUCGCAUUGUUAGUGGUGGCAGUGAUGGCCGUGUCAAGGUUUGGAACCUGCAGACCGGCCAUCUACUGCGCGAACUUUCCACUACCGCCGAGGCCGUGUGGAGAGUUGCCUUCGAGGACGAAAAGGCUGUUAUCAUGGCGAGCCGCGCCGGCCGCACCUUUAUGGAGGUCUGGUCCUUCUCCCCUCCACCAGAAGAUUACGAUGAUACCGCCAUCGAGAGCGCCUCCAGUACCCCUGCUAUCAGCUCUGUUGACGACAUCGAUAUAUCAGAGCCUCCUCGGCGCCGAAAACCCUUCUCCGUUCCCCCGCCAUCCAUGCCCUUGGGCAAUGACAGUGACGCGCUGAUGCCAGACGCUCCCUCAUAA